AUGAAGUUAUUCGCAGCAGUUCUAGUGGCGGCCUGUCUGGCCACAUCCAGCUUGGCCAAUCCGGCCCCGGACUGUCCCCCGAGCGGGCACGUCCACGGCUAUGCCUACCCAGCCCCAACGGUUCAGCUGUCAGUCGGCAAGGCGAUCAACUCGGUCAGCGUGACGCCCGGUUUCUCGUCCUACUCGGUCGACGGUGAGGUGAAGUACGCGUCGGUCGGUCCCUCGUACAGCUCGUACGAAGCCUCCCCCGCCUACAGCGCUUACGGCGCCUCGGGUGAAGAUCUCAAGCUGACGAGCUACGAGGCGGGAGUGAAAACAAUCGCUGCCGCACCUGCCGUCACCUACGCUACCAAAUCGGCCGGUGUCGUGUACGCGGACAAGUCGCCUGCCGCUACCUUCGCCUCGGUGGUCCCAUCGGUCAGCUACACGAAGACCGUUGCUGCUCCGGCUGUCUAUGCUCAGCCCGCUGUCAGCAAGGUGUACACGAGCGAUGCCUCGGCUUACGUCACCAAGGAAUAUCUGCCACCAACCGUCAAGACUUACGCAGCCCCGGCUGUUGCCUCGUACGUAGCUACUCCAGCCGUCACUAAGUAUGCCACCGCACCGGCCGUCUCCUCGUACGUAGCCACUGCGCCAGUCGUCAGCAAGUAUGUGGCCGCCGCGCCGGCUGUCACCUAUGCGGCUGCUCCAGUUGCUAAGGUUGCAACCGCUAGCUACGCCAGCUAUGCUCCUGCUGCCAAGGUCGCUACCUAUGCUGCUCCGGCUUACGGUUAUGCACCAGCUGCCAAGGCUUAUGCCAGCUACGCGCCCGCUGCGUCCUAUGCCAGCUACACGCCCGCUGCGUCCUAUGCCAGCUACGCGCCCGCUACGUCCUAUGCUAGCUACGCUCCGGCUACGGCCUAUGCCAGCUACACCCCAGCCGCCAAGGUAGCCUCCUACACACCGGCCGUUGGUUACGCUGCCUAUGCACCGGCUGCCAAGGUUGCCUAUGCUGCUCCGGCUGCCAGCUACGCCAGCUCUUACGCUACCACCUCCAAGCUGGCUUAUGCCGCGCCUGCUCUCACCAAGACCGUCGUGUCUGCUGCUGCUCCGGCCGUUGCCUCGUACUAUGCCGCUCCCGCCGUCACUAAGUACUCGGCGGCACCGGCCGUGUCCACCGCUUACGUGUCGGCACCGACCGUCACCAAGUACGCCACAUCCGCUGCCUAUGCUCCGGCCGUCUCCAGCUACGUAGCUCCGUACUCCGCCCAUGCCUACACACCCGCCGUUAGCAAGUACGUAUCCACGCCGGCCGUCUCAUCGUACUACGCUACACCGGCCGUGUCGAAGGUUGUGUCCAGCCCGGCAUACGCCUCGUACGUCUCUGCUGCUCCAGCUGUGGCCAAGGUUGCUGCCGUCCCGGCCGUCUCUACUGCUUACGUUUCGGCUCCGGCCACCGUCACCAAGACUGCUUACUCUGGCGCCUAUCUCGCCGCCCCAGCUGUUGCUAAGGUGGCCACAUCUUACGGUCCUGCUGUUGCCGCCUACAGCACCGGUCCUGCCGUGUCGGCUUACAGCACCGGUUCCGCAUACUCGUCGUACUCGGCCGCACCAGCCGUUGCUGCCUACAGUACCGGUCCGGCUUAUUCCAGCUACUCGGUCAGUCCGGCCGUUUCCAAGGUUUACUCAACACCAGCCGUCGCUUCGUACAGUGCUGUCCCUGCCGUUUCCAAGGUAUACUCGUCACCCGCCGUUGCUACGUACAGUACCGUCCCGGCCGUUUCCAAGGUCGUUGCUGCGCCAGCCGUUGCCACGUACAGUGCUGCCCCAGCUGUUUCCAGCGUAUAUUCGUCGCCCGCCGUCGCAUCGUACAGUGCCGUCCCGGCUGUUUCCAAGGUCUACUCCACCCCAGCAGUUGCCAGCUACAGUGCCGUACCAGCUGUCUCCAAGGUGUACUCUUCCCCGGCUGUCGCUGCGUACAGUGCCGGACCUGCCUAUUCUUCCUAUUCGGUCGCUCCAGCCGUCUCGAAGGUUCUGACCACGCCCGCCGUCGCUGCGUACAGUGCCGGUCCGGCUUAUUCCGCCUAUUCGGUCGCGCCAGCCGUCACUAAGUACGCCACGAGCGCGGGUGCCAUCGCUGGCUACACCACGUCCGGAGCCGCUCACGGCUACUACGCCGCCGGUCCAGCGGUAUCGUCCGCUCACUACGGUGGCUACCGUUAUGCUGCCGCUGCUCCAGCACUUACCACGGCCUACACUGCCCCUGCCACCGUAAUCAAGACCGUGGCGCCGACCACCGUCGUCAAGACUGUCGCCGAGAAGUACCUCGAACACUACGACGAUAAUGCUCGCUAUGCUUUCGAGUACGGCGUGAACGACCCACUGACCGGUGACAUCAAGCACCAGAAGGAGGAACGCGACGGCGAUGUCGUGCGCGGUCAGUACUCGCUGGUCGAACCGGACGGUAACGUGCGCACGGUCGACUACUAUGCUGACUGGGCCACCGGUUUCCAUGCCACCGUCACCAACAGUCGGGACCAGGUGCACGCCACCAAGGUUCUCGGCAAGCGCGACACCGUGAAGGCGUAA